AAAAUGGACGACAAAACAAAUCAGGAAGGGUAAAAGUUAGAAUGAGGUUUAGGGCUGAGUAAUUAGUGAUAUUCGAGGAGAAAAUCACAACAGUGAAUGGAUAGGUGGCAAUUAAGAAAUAUCAAAGGGGGAAGUUUUUGGGGAAAGGAGGAUUUGCAAAGUGUUAUGAGGCUACAAACCUUGAAACGAAGAGGGUUCUUGCAGCCAAGAUUAUUGUUAAGAAUAGUUUAACCAAGAAUAGGGCCCGUUAAAAAGUAAGUUGUGUUAAAUGAGGUUAGCUUAUUUCAGAAAUAAAAAUACAUAAGAGUUUGUAGAACACAAACAUAGUGCAAUUUGAACAUGUGUUUGAGGAUCAUGAGAAUGUGUACAUUUUAUUGGAAUUGUGUUCAAAUUAAGUAAUUAAUGAAAUUUAAAAUUAGACUUUGAAUGAAUUGAUAAAACGAAGAAAAAGAUUGACUGAAAUUGAAGUCCAAUGCUACGUGGGUUAGAUAAUAAACGCUUUAAAGUAUCUUCAUGCCUAGAAGGUUAUCCAUAGAGAGUAAGAAAUUUCCUUAUAAAUUAAAGUCUUAAAUUGGGUAACUUAUUUUUGAAUAAAUCAAUGGAAUUGAAAUUGGGAGAUUUUGGUUUGGCAACAAAGUUGGAAUUCGAAGGAGAGAAGAAAAGGACAAUAUGUGGAACUCCCAAUUACAUAGCUCCUGAAGUCUUGGAUGGAAGAGUGGGUCAUUCCUUUGAAGUAGACGUCUGGUCAUUGGGAGUCAUAAUGUACGCAAUGUUGAUUGGCAAACCUCCCUUUGAAACUCCAGACGUCAAGACUACCUAUAGGAAGAUUAAACUGAAUUAAUACUCUUUCCCAGAACAUGUCUUGAUAUCAGACCCAGCCAAAAAUCUGAUAACCAGAAUCCUGCACUUAGACCCAACUUAGAGACCCACUUUGGAUGAGAUUAUGGCUCAUCCAUUCAUGAAUACAGGUGGCACAAUCCCUAAGACAUUGCCUUUGUCCACCUUGGCAUGUCCUCCCUCAGCAUCUUAUAAUAAAUAAUUUUAACCAUCCACAAAUACUAGCAACUUGAAGAUGUCCACCAAUGUAUUACCAUAGAGAUUAACUGAGACUACUCCCAACAAUCCGAAGAAUGUCUAAAAGUAGACCAAUGGAUCCUCUGAUCGUUUCCCUUGUAACUAACCAAUUCAAUAAUAAUAGUAUAGAAACCAAGUUCAAGUGGAAACAUUAUGGAUGAUAAUUUCGGAUCCAGUGGUCUUAACAAUGCACAGAAUGUUGGUUAUGGUGGAACUUAGAGACCCUAGUCUCAAAAACCCAAUGACAUCAGAAAUAGUUAGAGUUAAAAGACUCUUUCUUAACCUUUUGGGGGAACAGGCAUGCAAGGUGCUUAGUCUGUCAAUAAUUUGGGAGUGAAACAAACUUAGGCAAAGUCAGAAGUGUACGUUAAGAAAUGGGUUGAUUACUCAAGUAGAUACGGAUUAGGUUAUUUGUUAAGUAAUGGUGCUACUGGAGUUUUCUUUAACGAUUCAACUAAGAUCGUUCUGGACACCAAGACCUCAAAAUUCGAAUACAUGGAGAGAAAAGGAUAAGAUAGGCAAGACAUCUGCGAUACUUACAAUCUUGAUAUUUAUCCAGAAGAUUUACACAAGAAGGUUACUCUUCUUCAUCAUUUCAAAAGUUACUUGGAAGCAGAUCCUCAAACUGCUGCAAGUGAAGAAAAUGAAAAUAAAUCGUUAGUUUACGUUAAGAAAUGGAUGAAAACUAGACAUGCAAUUAUGUUUAGACUAUCCAAUAAAAUUGUCUAAGUAACUAAUACAUAUAUACAUUCUUAGGUUAAUUUUACAGAUAAGACUGAAAUUAUAUUGUCCUCUGAACACAAGAUGGUGACUUAUGUGAAUAAAAAUGGUGAUCGAAGUCAUUAUCCUUUGGCGACAGCUCUUGAUAGUUAAAAUACAGAGAUGUCGAAAAGAUUGAAGGUAACUAUAGUAAUUCUAUUAUUUCCAGUACACAAAAGAAAUACUAACUCAUAUGUUAAAUGGUGGUUAGAAUGCUGGGGAAACUAACACUAACUCUACCAAUUAACGUUCAAAUCCUAGCUGGUAAAAUCCUUGA